UGUGCAGAACUGUGGUGUGCCUUAUUGCUUAUUAAUGAUUAAAUUGGGGACCAAAUUGCAAUAACAAAAGCCGCUCGGCCCGCUCCGUUCCUUUCCCUUCCACCCAAUUCUUUCUUCAUUCUCUCCGAUCGUCAAUGGGGAUGGCCCGACCCAAGGAUGAUCCGGUGACCCGACCCUUACCACCCUACACAUCGCUCUCUUCCCACGCCCUAUAUUUUAUCAACUCCAAGCUAAGCUCAAGAGAAGACCUCGACGGAGCCCCGAGUUUACUCUCGGAGCUCCAAGUCCAGUCCGAUGCCCUUGAUCGAACACUUUCCGAACUCAACGGAGAGCUCCAAUCUCACUUGACCCGGCACGCGUCCCACUCGAAUCGGGUCGGAUCUCUCUUCUCCAGUGUCCAUGAUCAAUUGGACGACCUCCGCCGCUCCUCCGCUCACCCUUCAUCAGAUGAAGGAUCGAGGAGAGGGAUGGGCGAGGAGUUACAGGCAUUGGCCAAGGAAGUGGGCAGAGUUGAGACGGUGAGAAAUUAUGCAGAGACGGCAUUGAAGCUCGACACAUUGGUUGGUGACGUUGAAGACGCUGUAUCUUCAACUAUGAAUAGAACAUUGAGGAGGCAUCCGUCGACAAACAAUUUAGAAGAUAUGCGUGUAGUUGCUCUAAAAGCUCUUAAAUUAACAGAAGAUGUGCUUUCUUCAGUUACAAAGACACAUCCUCGGUGGACUCGACUUGUUUCAGCUGUUGAUCAUAGAAUUGACAGAGCCUUGGCCAUUCUAAGGCCUCAAGCUAUUGCUGAUCAUAGGGCCCUUCUUGCUUCCCUUGGCUGGCCACCACCGCUGUCAACCAUAAGCUCAUCAAAUCCAUAUACAAAAGGAUCGACUGAUGUGCAAAAUCCUCUUUUCACAAUGGAAGGAGACUUGAAACUCCAGUACUGUGAAAGUUUUCUUGCAUUAUGUGGACUCCAGGAAUUGCAGAGAAAAAGAAAAUCUCGCCAACUUGAGGGGCAUUAUAAGGAUGUCGCUCUUCAUCAACCGCUUUGGGUUAUCGAAGAGCUUGUGAAUCCUAUAUCUAUUGCAUCUCAGCGCCACUUCUCAAAGUGGAUUGAGAAGCCGGAGUACAUUUUUGCACUUGUCUAUAAGAUCACUCGAGACUAUGUUGACUCUAUGGACGAUUUAUUGCAACCACUUGUUGAUGAAGCAAUGGUAUCUGGUUACAGUUGCAGAGAAGAAUGGAUCUCGGCAAUGGUAUCUUCCCUAUCAACCUACCUGGCAAAAGAAAUAUUUCCCAGAUACGUCAGUCAGCUUGAAGAAGAGAGUGAUACUGGGAUCCAAACACAGGCGAGGAUAUCCUGGCUACAUCUUGUAGACUUGAUGAUUGCAUUUGAUAAGCGAGUUCAAUCUCUGGCAGCACACUCAGGAGUUGUUCUUUCCGUCCAGGAAGAUGGCACCAUGCAGAAUAUGUCUUCAAUGACUGUGUUUUGUGAUAGACCUGACUGGCUUGAUUUGUGGGCUGAAAUCGAACUUAGUGAUAUACUCCAUAAAUUAAACCCUCAAAUGGAAGAUGAGAGAAAUUGGAUGAGUGAAGGCCAUAGAGCUUCUCUUGUGUCUGGUCAGGAAGAGAACAAAUCUCCACUGAUUACAAGUGCUGUUGUUCGAUGUCUUUCUUCUGUCAUUGAUCGUUGUCGAUCACUUCCCAGCAUAUCAUUGAGGUCAAGGUUUAUGAAAUUCACAUGCAUACCUAUGAUAAACAAAUUUUUGGAUCGUUUGCGGCAAAGGUGUCAAGAAGCUGAAGGACUGACUGCGCUGACAGAUGAUGAUGCUCUAACUAAAGUUGCCAAGUCUGUUAAUGCUGCUCACUAUUUUGAAUCUGUUUUAAAAGAAUAUGGCGAGGAUGUAUUCUUUCUGGAAAUGGGACUGAACCAAUCUAGUGAAUUUGAAAUAGCAGAUGAUCAUAGUGAUACAAGCAAAACUUCCAUAGAAGCAUCAGAUAAUGGUAUUUUCCAUGAAGAAAUCAAGAAGCUGGAGGAAUUCAGAACUGAAUGGAUUGAGAAGUUAUCCACUGUUGUCUUAAGGGGGUUUGAUGCACUUUGCCGGGAUUAUAUAAAGAACAAAAAGCAAUGGCAGGAAAAGAAUGAAGAAGCCUUGACUUUGUCCCGAUCUUUUAUAGAAGCUAUGGAUUAUUUGCAGGGAAAACUGUCAGUAAUGGAAGAAGGGUUGAACAAAAUGGACUUUACUCGGGUGUGGAGAAGUUUGGCUGCUGGGAUAGAUAAAUUGAUUUUCUCUAAUAUACUGAUGAGCAACGCUAAGUUUCACGAUGGGGGUGUCGAGAGGCUUCAUAAUGAUUUGACUCUUCUGUUCGGGGCAUUUGGAGCUUGGUGUUUCAGACCUGAAGGUUUCUUCCCGAAAGUCAAUGAGGGUCUGAAGUUGUUGAAAACAGCAAAAAAACAGUUGAAAAAUACUUUGAUUGCAGAUGAAAGAUGGUUAAAAGAGAAUGGUAUUAGGCAUUUAACUUCUGCUGAGGUAGAAAAGAUUAUGAAGAACAGAUUGUUCACCAGUUGAAGGUACAGCAGAUACUAUGUUCUUUUACAAACUUCAAAUAUUCAAGGACUUCAUUCAAGUUAUGGUGCAUCUCGGCAGCCUAGUUUGUGUUCCUUGGCCUCCUUUCGACUAACUCUUCUUGGGGAUGAAGAGGCAGAUACGAGCUGUGAUUAGAUGGACAGUUCUUUCAUGAAAAUCAUUUUUCUGAGCAAAAAUGAAAAAUGACAUGCUUUAUUUUCAAAAGAAAAACCUACUGAUGACUAUUGAUAUCACGUGUCUUUAAGGAUUUAGUGUAGGGCAAGAGAGAUGGGUUUUGGACUUACUAGGAUUUCGAGUCCAGAUCAAGUGAAAAAUGGAUGAGAAAUAAUUUCUUUACUGAAAUUUUCUGGUUUAUGACGUACAAGUUUCUUAGCAAUACAGUCUCUUGAAACAAGUUAGCCGUCUAAGCUUUGUUGUAAUUUUCCUCGAGAAUCCUUUGAACGAAACUUCAUCUCUCUGAUUCGUGCAUAGAGUGACAAUACAGGGAUAAUAACCUGCAGCAUGCAGCCGGCUUUCUUUAUCACGGGAAGAAUGAUCAGAAUCAAAUAUCAUAUUCGCUGGGGGAUGAUCCGCUGCCAGAACUACUGUUACAGUACGAGGUAACUGCCCUUCAAACUGCAUUUUAUCGUUUUGUCAAUGUUUAUUCCUUUGUUUUUGAACGUCUUAACUGCACCUUCUCAUUGCACAUAUCAGCAAAAUAUAGAAACCAGAUUGAAAAUACACGAUUACAAUUUAUGCUGUUGUCCGUUUUGUUCGUUGCGCUCAA